AUGGAUCCGUCCAACUCAAUUUUGCAGUUUCUGAACACAAUUCCAAUUCCGAUGGUAGUACUUGCAAACUUGAAGAUCAUAGUUGCUGGAAUUACCACAUUUUUAGCCUUGCUUAAUCAUGGUUUCGAUUCUGUGAUGGAUCCCAUCCCAUUAUUUAGUCCGUCUACGAAUUAUGACUUCAUUAUUGUGGGCGGAGGUUCAGCUGGAGCAGUCGUAGCCAAUCGACUAUCCACUAACCCAAAUUUCAAAGUCCUGCUACUUGAGGCUGGUGGUAAUCCCACCGUGUUAAAUUCAAUCCCAGCCAUGGCAAUGUCCAACAUGCGCAAUCCUUACACCGACUGGAUGACACGUUCAGAGCCAUUAAACACUUCCUGUCUGGCGUGCAAAGAUAACUUGAUUACAAUCUCGAGAGGGAAAAUGCUGGGUGGUUCGAGCAGCUUAAAUGUCAUGGUUUACAUGAGAGGAAAUCCCAACGACUUUGACAACUGGGCGAAUCUUACUGGAGAUGCGUCCUGGUCGUAUGAAAAUGUGCUGCCCUACUUCAAAAAGUCGGAAGAUUACACUGGAAAUUAUCCUGACCCCAAAUAUCAUGGAACUGGGGGACCCUUAUCGGUGACUGCUCAACCUGAUGAUCCUCUCACGAGGGAUUGGAUGUCUGCCGCGAGAGAGAUGGGAUUCAGCAAUUCGGAUCCAAAUGCGUACCAGACAUCGACAUUUGUUCCUAUCGACCACACAAUGAAGGAUGGGCGAAGGUGGAGUACGUAUAACGCCUUCAUUCAGCCUGUGCUGCAUCGGCGUAAUUUUAAAGUAAUUCGUUACGCGCAUGUCACUAAGGUAAACUUUGAUUCAACCAAACGUGCCGUGGGGGUCUCGUACAUCAAAAAUGGGCGCACAUUCACUGCCACAGCUUCCAAAGAAGUUGUUCUGUCGGCAGGUGGGAUUGGAAGUCCGCAUGUUCUGAUGUUGUCCGGAAUCGGACAUUCUGACCAUUUGAAGUCAUUUGGGAUCCGAACCAUAUCAAACCUCGCUGUUGGAGAUAAUCUACAAGAUCACCUCUUAUCACUGGCUGGACCUUUCAUUUUGAACGAUACUGUCGCGAAUAGGGACAUAAGUACAUAUAAGAGGGAACAUAUCAAUUUCACAUCAUCCUCCCUUCCCAUUACAAUUCAACCAUAUUCGUUACAAUAUGUAAAUGAAUUUGUUGGAAGAGAUGCACAUAUUGUCGGAUUUAAUCUGGGACUCCCAAAAAGUAGAGGAACAAUUCGUCUACGUUCAGCAGAUCCGCUGGAACAACCGGUCGUUGACUUGAACUAUUUCAGUCAUCCGUACGAUAUGAAGGAGAUGAUUCGUGGGUUGAAACUAUUAAUUAAACUUUACGAAGAAACUAAAACGUUUCGAAAAUACAAUGCAACCUUAAUGCCAAAACAUUAUCCAGGAUGUGAAAGUCAUAUUUUCAGAAGUGACGAGUAUUACGAGUGUCUCUUGAGACAUUGCACGUCGACAACGUGGCAUCAGAGCUGUAGUGCAAAAAUGGGACAUGCAGAUGAUCCGAGUGCAGUAUUAGAUUCACGAUUGAGGGUGCGUGGAGUGAAGGGAUUGCGAGUUGCGGACGCGUCCAUAAUGCCAAGAAUAACAAAUGCUAACCUGAACGCACCAGUUAUUAUGAUUGGAGAGAAAGCUGCGAGUAUGAUAUUGGAUGAUUGGAAAUAA